UGUAGCGGUGUAGCGCAUGCGCAGGGAGGCCGCUUCGCUCAAGCUGUCAGCUGUGUGUGUCGCCGCUUUCCUCCGCCACCAGGGAAUGUCCCGUGAAGCCACCGUAGCGCUCAGACGUCUCUGCGUUAAGGCCUGAGGACAAGGGGCUCUGCUUCUCCGCGAUUACCUGUGAUGCUCACUAGACUAUGCUGUCAUCCUCCUCCCUCGUCAUCAAACAAGCUGCAACAUCUGGUCUGUUUUUGGACGAAUAAGGGAGAAUAACUCCUCUGAACCCCUAUAGCCAACAGUGGCAGGCUCUGGAGUGCGCUACAGCAAAGCCAUGGAUCCUUGAUCGUGCUGGACCACCACUGAGCAGAACGGACCUCUCUAUCCCCUGACACUGUAUCCACCAGGGGCCGGUUGGGACGACCGCGUCGUGGGGCUUUCAUUCCCAGUCACAUCUGAUCCGUUGACUUUUCUCGGAGCGAACCGAUCGUCACGAUGUUCUCGGCCCUGAAGAAGCUGGUGGGGUCCGAGCCGGGACAGCUCAGGGACAAAAACAUUCCCGCUGGCCUGCAGUCCAUGAACCAGAGUCUGCAGCGCCGCUUCGCCAAGGGAGUCCAGUACAACAUGAAGAUAGUGAUUCGCGGGGACAGGAACACGGGAAAGAGCACCCUAUGGCACCGACUUCAGGGGAAGAAGUUCCUGGAGGAAUACCUGCCCACGCAGGAGAUCCAGGCGACCAGCAUCCACUGGAACUACAAAACUACGGAUGACGUGGUCAAGGUAGAGGUUUGGGACGUUGUGGACAAAGGCCAGAAAUAUCCUCUUCUUGAUGGCAAGGGAAAGAAGCGCGGCGAAAACUUGAAGAUGGAGAAUGAGACCCCGGAGUCGGACGAGGUGGCGCUGGACGCAGAGUUCCUCGACGUCUACAAGAACUGCAACGGUGUCAUCAUGAUGUUUGACAUUACCAAGCAGUGGACGUUCAACUACAUCCUGCGGGAGCUGCCCAAGGUGCCCCCCCAUGUGCCGGUGUGCGUGCUGGGGAACCACCGCGACAUGGGCGAGCACCGCGUCAUCCUCCCCGACGACAUCCGCGACCUCAUCGCCAGCCUCAACAGGCCCAUGGGAGCGUCCUACAUCCACUACGCCGAGUCCUCCAUGAGGAACGGCUUCGGCCUCAAGUACCUCCAUCGGUUCUUCAACAUCCCCUUCCUGCAGCUGCAGAGAGAGACCCUGCUCCGACAGCUGGAGACCAACCAACUCGACAUGGACGCUACUCUGGAGGAGCUCUGUGUUCAGCAGGAGACGGAGGACCAGAACUACGAGAUCUUCCUGGAGAACCUGGAGACCCGCAGCAAGGCCUUCGGCUCCCCGGGGCCCGCCAACGGCCAGAGCCCGUCGUCGGGCUCCCAGUCCCCCGUGGUCCCCCAGAGCGGGGCCUCCACUGGCAGCUCCAGCCCCAGCACCCCCCAGCCCCCCACGCCCUUCCAGAACCAGGGCUCGGCCCCCCAGCCUCCGCCCGCCGCCCCCCCCUCCUCCGCCCCGCCCCCCCCCUCCACCCCGGCCGAGCCCUGGGGGGCGGUCCAGUCCCCCGAGCACCCCCGGCUGGCCCUGUCGCCGGCCUCCGGGGCCUCCGGCGCCCCCAGACCCUCCACCCCGGCCUCGCCCGCCCUGGCGGCCCCCCAGGACCAGGCCCCCCAGAAGCGCGGCUUCAUCUCCCGCUGGUUCGGCUCCUCGGGGCCCCCGGAGGCCCAGUCCGCAGCCCCAGACGGCGGGGCGGAGCAGCCCGUGUGUCCCGCCAGCGUCAGGAGCGUGGACGACUUCGUCCCCGACGAGAGGCUGGACCGCAGCUUCCUGGAGGACGGGGGGGGCUCCAAGGCUAAAGCCCGCCCGCCCGCCCACAGCAACGUCCUGGACAGCGACAGUGACGGCGAGGGCCGGGGCAACCCCAUGGUGUCGGGCUUCCAGGACGAGCUGGACCCCGACGACCAGGCCCUGCCCCAGCCCCGGGGCCCGGCCCGCGUCCAGCCCCCCAGCCGGGACGUCACCCUGACCAGCGACGAGGAGGACCCCCCCGCGCCCGCCCUCACCCCCCACGUCCUGGACCUGGACAGCGAGCCGGAGAUGAAGAGGUCCGUCAUCAGCACCACCAAACCAAAGGCCGCGGCCAAGAAGGGUUCGGAGCCCAAAGCGCCCGGCCAGCUCCUGCUGACCCCCGCCCCCAUCUCCCUCACCCUGACCCCCACGGCCGAGCAGCCAAUCAGCAGGCAGCAGGGCAAGAAGAAGGGCAACUCCCCCAAGGCGGAGGACUCCGACACGGAGACGGAGACGCCCGUGGCCCAGCAGACGCUGUCCUUCGUCAUGGACGACCCCGACUUUGAGUCCGACGCCUCGGAGACGCCCCAAGUGACCAAGGAAGUGUUUCCGGUCAGGGCGGAGCUUCUGUCUGACCUAUCGGAGGACGAGGUGCGGCCGGCCAAAGGGGCGGUGACCCUGAAGCCGGCCGUCAUCUCCUUCAAACACAAGAACGACACGGACCUGUUCGGGCUGGGCUUUGGAGAGGAGCCGGCCACCGCCAAGGACAGCAGUGACGAGCAGGAAGAGAAGGAAAGCAAACCCUCCCUGAAGGAGAAGAAGAAGAAGAAGAAGAAGGGGAAAGAGGUCGAGGAGGAGGAGAAGAGCAAGAAGAAACACAAACACAGGAAGAAGGAGAAGGAGGAGGUGGCGGCCGGGGCGGCGGAGGACAAGGACAAGGAGAAGAAGAGGAAGGCCAAGCCGUCCCGGGCCAAGAAGACGGACGCGGACGAGCUGGAGGACUUCCUGGGCGGGGGCGGGGCCUCCGUGCGGCCCGAAGGCGGGGACUACGAGGAACUCUAGAGCGCAAAGAGGGCGGAGCCUCCAUCGAAUGUGUGCGCGUGUGUGUUCGGACCUCCAGCAU